AUGCAGUUUGACAUACGAAGAUUUGAUAUCUAUCGAAAGAUUCCUAAAGAUCUUACUCAACCGACAACUACCGGUGCAGCAAUCUCAAUUAUUUGUGUUUCAUUUAUUUCAAUAUUAAUCUUUAUUGAACUUUAUUAUUUUAUUACACCUGAAGUUGUAAGUGAAUUAUUUGUUGAUAUACCAGAAAGUGGUCAAGCUGAUCGUAUAUCAGUACAUAUUGAUAUAAGUGUAUUGAAUAUAGCAUGUCAAUAUGUCGGUAUUGAUAUUCAAGAUGAUCUUGGGCGUCACGAAGUUGGAUUUAUUGAUAAUACAUUAAAAUUACCAGAAAAUAAUGGUAUGGGCUGUCGUAUAAAUGCAUCAUUUAAAAUAAAUCGUGUACCAGGAAAUUUUCAUAUUUCGACACAUUCAUCAAAUGUUCAACCUACAAAUGGUGAUAUGAAACAUGUUAUACAUGAAUUAGCAUUUGGUGAUUCGAUUAAAGGUUUUCGACAAAUUCCAAAUCGAAAAGCAUUUCAUCCAUUAAGACGUUUUAAUAAUACAAAUCGUCCAAGUCAUAUUUCACAUGAUUAUUUAAUGAAAAUUGUACCAACUAUUUAUGAAGAUCUUCAUCAUGUUCGUCGUUAUCCAUAUCAAUUUACAUUUGUUUAUAGAGAAUAUAAUCCAUAUCAAUCCCAUGGUGCUGGCAUGAUUCCUACAAUAUGGUUUCGUUAUGAUAUAAUGCCUAUUACUGUUAAAUAUACUGAACAUCGACAAAAAUUGUAUACAUUUAUAACAUCAAUAUGUGCUGUUGUUGGUGGUUCAUUUACGGUUGCUAGUAUAAUUGAUUCAUUAAUAUUUUCAACAAGAGAAUUAUUUAAAAAAUUUGAAAUUGGUAAAAUGACAUGA